CUGGGAGGGCGUUGAACCAAGCGGUGACAGUGCUGGGACUGGGAGAAGAACACAAGCGAGUUGUCAUCCGCGGUUUCAACAAGUGUUGGAUCAAUUGGUUAAACGUCGGACUGUGUUUUAUUAAUUGGCUGUCCGGAGUAUUUUUUGUAUAUCUUAGAAGAUAUGUUCAGACGAGUUGUACGACAGAGCAAAUUCCGUCACGUCUUUGGUCAACCGGUGAAGAAUGACCAAUGCUACGAUGAUAUCCGGGUGUCGCGGGUCACCUGGGACAGUGCCUUCUGUGCAGUCAACCCCAAAUUUGUUGCCAUAAUUAUUGAGGCCAGUGGUGGCGGAGCGUUCCUGGUUCUUCCUCUAUCCAAGACGGGCCGAAUCGACAAAUCCUACCCUACAGUGUGUGGCCACACCGGUCCUGUGCUGGACAUCGACUGGUGUCCUCAUAAUGACCAGGUCAUCGCCAGCGGCUCUGAGGACUGCAAUAUCAUGGUGUGGCAGAUACCCGAGAAUGGCCUGAUAACCGCACUGGAGGAGCCGGUGGUGGUCCUGAAGGGACAUUCCAAGAGGGUGGGCAUCAUCUCCUGGCAUCCCACCGCACGCAACGUCCUGCUCAGCGCUGGCUGCGACAACCAGGUGAUAGUCUGGGACGUGAGCACGGGGGAAGCCAUGAUCACCCUGGAGGACAUGCACCCAGACGUGAUCUUCAGUGCCUGCUGGAACCGCAACGGCAGCCUGAUCUGCACCGCCUGCAAGGACAAGACCAUCCGCGUCAUCGACCCCCGCAAGGAGACCAUCGUCGCCGAGAAGGAGAAGGCCCAUGAAGGGGCUCGGCCAAUGAGAGCCAUUUUCCUGUCUGACGGGAAUGUCUUCACAACGGGUUUCAGCCGAAUGAGCGAGAGACAACUGGCCCUGUGGAACCCGGAAAGCAUGGACGAGCCCAUCUCCGUGCACGAGAUGGACACCAGCAACGGAGUCCUUCUGCCCUUCUAUGACCCCGACACCAACGUGGUUUACCUCUGUGGAAAGGGCGACAGCAGCAUCCGCUACUUUGAGAUCACAGACGAGGCGCCCUUUGUCCACUACCUCAGCACCUACACCACCAAGGAGCCCCAGAGAGGGAUGGGCUACAUGUCAAAGAGGGGCCUAGAUGUCAACAAGUGUGAGAUCGCCCGCUUUUACAAGCUGCAGGAGAGGAAGUGCGAGCCCAUCAUCAUGACGGUGCCCAGGAAGUCUGACCUGUUCCAGGACGACCUGUACCCCGACACGGCGGGGCCGGACCCGGCUCUGGAGGCAGAGGACUGGUUCGAGGGCAAGAAUGGAGACCCCAUCCUCGUCUCCCUGAAGAACGGCUAUGUCCCCGGCAAGAACCGAGACCUCAAAGUGGUCAAGAAGAACAUUCUGGACAACAAGGCAAAGAACACGGAGAAGACGGGACCCGCAACCAAGACUGCAAGCCCCACUGCCUCCAUAAAGGGUGAUGUCAAGCUGGAUGAGAUCUUGAACGAGAUUAAAUCCCUCAAGGAGCUGGUGAGCAGUCAGGAAAAGAGAAUCAUCCAACUUGAAGAGCAGAUGUCCAAAAUUGCCAUUUAAGGGUUUCGUCCGUCCCUCUCUCUCCCCCCCCCACCAUCCUCCAUCAAACCCACUACAAUUCAGGACUUUCCAUUGGCUGGGCGGUGGGCAGGACUAGUCAAUGCCAAACUCAAUGACAGAGUUCUUCCCCAAGCCUGCCUAGCAACAUUCCUGAUUUAUUAUUAUUUUCUUAACCAGCCCCUUACCCCUCCUCAGUCAGCGCUGAACGAAUCCCAAAGGACUUAAACUUUAGAAGAAAAUAUGCUUUUUCUUUCUUUUGUUACGUCUAUUUUCUUUUCCAAUUAUGACCAAGAUCACACUUUUUUACAGUGGAUGAAUUUUUUUUUUUUUUCUUAGCUUUAAUUUCUUCUUUCUGAGUCGGUGACAGUAUUUCAUCAACCAAAGCACGCAUUCUGUUGCCAUAUUCAAAGUUGUCUUGUUUACACCUUUUUCACAGUAUUCUUAUUAUAUAUUUUUUUGUGGGAACAUUCCAAAUGUAUAUCCUAGGACUCAGUGGUGUAUUCUGCUCAGUAUCGUUCAUGCUUAAUUCAAUCUUUAGAGGAAGAAGUCAUGAUGAUAGACAGAAUUAAAUCCUUCAAAUUAUUCAACCAAACUCAAAGUAAUGUGCCACACUCACAAACCUGAUAACUUCUUGACCUACGCUGACGACAUCCUUCUUGUUGUGAUCUUGUUUUAAAUGUACCGAUUGGACAUAUGUAGAAAAUCCAUUGUGUCCAUAAUAGGGCAACCAGCACCUUAUGAUCAUAGAAUUAAUGAUAAAAAGUUUUGACGUUAUUUCACAAGCUAUUGUUUUAGGCAAAGGAAAAACAUACCAUGAAAACAUACCAUAAAGCUGACCCUAAUGCAGCCUUGGGUACUGUCGCUGUCCCCACUCUAACUUUAACUAAUUCCAUUCCCACUUUGUGACUAAUAAUGCCAUUGGGAGACAGUGAGCCGGUUCAACAUUAAACUCUCAGAUAUGUCAUUUACUUUUUCUUUUAAAUGCUGUAACAUUCCCCUUGGUUUUUGUGUUUGUAUAUCUGGGCUUCUUUACUGGGACUCUCUCCCUUCCAUUCCUCUGGUCAAAUACUUCAUGUUCUAUCGUGUCCAAACGUGAAUUCAUGCAAAACAAAGUUUGUUAAUGUCUCGACCAGCUGCAUCAACUGGCAGAUCUGUCGAGAACCCUUUCAACAGUCUUGAGGCGUCAGUCGUGCCUCAUAUCUUUGGCCUUCUUGGUGUGUUCUCAAAAAGAUGCACCUCAUUUGUUUCUUGUUAAAUGCUUAUUUUUCAUUAUCUCUGUGAGCAGCUAAAUUUGGGAGGGAUUGGUUAUUUAAUAUUCAUGGCAUACCUAUUACUACAACCAAUUGAAUCAUUGGGUCAUUGCUUUGCUGUUCUUUUCAUCGCUCCAUCUGUGCUUGUAUCUUGCAUUGCACAUUCCACUCCUUGCUUAUUUCUGUUAUGGUCGUUUCCGCAAAUGCUUCAAAUUCCAACGUGCUAGUUGAAUUAGUUUAGGGGUAAAUGUAGGUGUUUGUCCAGUUUAAUUGUCUUGAUGGAUUUGCCAAUAAGGAUAGAAGCUCGGUCCUGAUCGGAUAGAGGGGUGGCAAGCCAGCUUGUGGUUUGCUGUCGAUUGCCUUUUUAAAAGUGUGCUACCACUGUUGAGACAAGGAAGUGCCACAGUGCGGGUUGCCAAGAAAUGGAAAAGACUGUGAGGAACGUCGGUUCGAUUAAACAUUUGGUAGAUGCAACGUAAACUUCCUUUUGAGGCACUUAAACAAAAAUUGACCAUGGAGCCAGCAGUGUUAAUAUUGACCCAAACAUUGACUCUUAUUUAAAAGCAUGGCAGUCUUGAUUGCGUCAGCGGAUUGAACAUUCUUGAAACACAUUGUAGACCAGCUGUGUUGAGCACAGUAGAGUUCUUAUAUCAAUGCAAGGUUUUGUUGGCUCUUUUUAUUAACGCAAGCCUGUCACUAAUACAACUCCAAAAUCCAGUCAGCAAUGGACCAUUCUGGUCCUAAUUGACUAUUGUUGAUCCGAUAAUUAUUUUUAAAUGUGUCACCUGUACCCAGGAGAUGCAUAGACUUAAAGUCUUACUAUUGGGCCUCGCGAGGAGAAGCAGAAGGUUAGUUUGAGAGAUGGGUAGUGAAUAGUUGAUCAAAAGGGACAUGGUAGGUUGACAGAUUGAUGAAUGUGUAUAAUGAAAGGUCUGGGAUAAAUGAGCGAAAGCUGUGAAAAUAAUGACGAUCUUUUUGUGCUGAGGAGGGGAUUUGUAUGGGAGUUGGGUUCUAUUGGGUUUUAACUGUCCCCCCCACCCCUCCAUCCACAUCUCCCUGUCUGUGUGUUCCUACACCGUGCCAUAAUACAUCAUGCGAGUGGAGAGAACAAAAUGAAAUGGUUCUUCAUUUUAAGGCAUUAUGAAGAUGAACCAGGAUCAGUUAUCAUGUCGGAGGCUGGCUCAGCAUCUCUGCUCAAUAUCCCUGCUUCAAGUAUCGAUGUUGAUUAUAAGAAAGUUAAUAAAGAAAUUUUAAGGGUG